AUGAUUUUUUGCAAAGGCAACCUGAGGAGUUUGCAUAAUCUCCUUGAGUUGCUUGGGAAAUAUCAAACGACCUCAGGCCAAACGGUUUGUCGUCAAAAGAGUAAGGUUUAUUAUGGUGGUGGAACCUUGAGUCGUUGUAGAACUAUCACUGAUUUGCUUGGUAUGGAAGUCUCUACCUUCCCAGACAGGUAUUUGGGAGUUCAAAUUAUGCCUGGAGCUGUAAAAUAUCGUCACAUUAGCAAUGUAGUUGAUAAGAUUAAAAAGCAACUCUCUGUUUGGAAAGGAAAAAUGCUCUCUUUUCAAGAUCGGGUUGUUCUUAUUAAUUCCGUGAUUUCUAGUUAUGCCAUUCACAACAUGGUUGUUUAUAAGUGGCCUCAGAAGUUCAUUCAGCAUGUGGAAAGGGCUAUACGCAAUUUCCUUUGGUCCGGAGAUGCUAAUACUGCAAGAAAAUUUGUUGUGGGCUACGACAAAAUCUGUUGCCUUGUGAAGGAAGGUGGUUUGGGAAUUACUAGAAUGGUUGUUACAAAUAGAGCGCUUCUAAUGAAAUUCUGGUGGAAUAUACGUUCUUCUACAAAAAAGUGGGCUCGUUUUUUAUGGGCUAAGUAUACUACACGUGCUGGCAUAAUUAAACAGUAUGGCGUAAACUCUUCAAUUCUUUCUGGCGUCAGGCUUGUGCAUACUAUUGUGGACAGAAAUACCAAGGUCCUGCUUGGUGAUGGGAGAACUACUUCACUAUACUUCAAUGUUUUGCAUGGUAAUGCAAGCAUUGCUGACAUGCUUGGUGAAAAUGAUCUUGAUGGCACUGUCAUGGUUUAUGAUAUUCUUGUUAAUAACAAUUGGCAGCUGCAGGGUAUUCACGCACAGAAUUUGGUCCGAGAUAGAGUUGACAUUCAUAACUUGCCACUUCUACAAGGUGGAACAAAUUGCAGGGUUUGGAUGGUAUCUUCCUAG